UUCUCCUUCUUCUUCUUCUUCUUCACACUAAAACAAACAUAUUUUCUUGAGAAAAUUAAAUGGAGGGUCAAGUAGAGCACAAAACAAUAGCUGUUAAUGGAAUAAACAUGCAUUUUGUUGAAAUAGGUCAAGGCCCUAUAGUCCUCUUCAUUCAUGGCUUCCCAGAAUGUUGGUACUCAUGGAGACACCAAAUGUCAUUCAUGGCUAAACAAGGUUACCGCGCAGUGGCUCCGGAUUUACGUGGCUACGGAGACACCCCGGGUGCACCUAAUGAUGAUUGUAACAAGUUCACAACCCUAGAUAUUGUUGGUGACUUAGUGGAGCUGUUGAAUAAUAUUGCACCACAAGAGGAGAAAGUGUUUGUUGUGGGACAUGAUUGGGGUGCUGUUGUUUCAUGGGCUUUGUGUUUGUAUAGACCUGAUAAAGUUAAGGCAUUUGUGUGUUUGAGUGUGGCUUUUAAUCCUAGGAACCCUGUCAAGAAACCACUUGAGACUUUGCGUAAGGUUUAUGGAGAUGACUACUAUGUUGUUAGAUUUCAGGAACCUGGAGUAAUAGAAGGUGAAUUUGAGGAGCUGGGUAUCAAGAAUGUUGUGAAGAAAUUCCUAACAUAUAGAACCCCGGGUCCACUUUACUUGAAGAAAGGCAAACCAUUUGAAGAUGCUUCUUCUACUGAUGAAUUGCCUUGUUGGUUAUCUGACGAAGAUAUUGAUUUCUAUGCUAACAAAUAUCAACAAAUUGGCUUCACUGGAGCAUUGAACUAUUAUCGAUCAAUAGACCGAAAUUGGGAGGUUACAGCAGCAUGGACAGGAGCUAAAAUACAAGUACCAGUGAAAUUCAUUGUAGGUGAUCUUGACAUUACUUACAAUGCUCCUGGUGCCAAGGAUUAUUUACACAAAGGAGGUUUCAAAAAACUGGUGCCACUCUUGGAGGAUGUUGUGGUAUUACAAGGUGUUGGACAUUUUAUACACCAAGAAAAGCCUAAAGAAAUUAAUGAACAUAUUUACAACUACAUUAGCAAAAUUUCAUCCUCUAAAAAUCACUCCAACGUCUGUGCUAUUCUCUAGAUCA